AUGCUCUCCUUCCUGCUCCUCGCUGCGUCCGCCGUUGGCAGCACCCUCGCCGCGCCAGCCGACUUCGAGUUCGCCAACACCACCUCGCUCUUCAGCCGGCAAGGUAUCCCGAGCGGCACCGGCACCAACAAUGGCUUCUUCUACUCCUUCUGGACCGACGGAGGAGGCUCGGUCACUUACACGAAUGGCAACGCUGGCUCGUACAGCGUCUCCUGGACAAACGCCGACAACUUCGUCGCCGGCAAGGGCUGGAACCCUGGAUCUGCCCAAGCCAUCUCCUUCACCGCCGACUACGAGCCCUCGGGCAACUCCUACCUCUCCGUCUACGGCUGGACGAUGAGCCCACUCGUCGAGUACUACAUCCUCGAAGACUUCGGGACGUACAACCCCGCGAGCAGCCUCACGCACAAAGGCACCGUCACCUCAGACGGGAGCACGUACGACAUCUACGAGGGCACGCGCGUGAACGAGCCCUCGAUCCAGGGCACGGCCACCUUCAACCAGUACUGGUCCAUCCGGAGCUCGAAGCGCUCCAGCGGCACCGUCACGACCGCGAACCAUUUCAACGCCUGGGCUCAGCUCGGGCUCCAGAUGGGCGCGUUCAACUACCAGAUCGUCGCCACGGAAGGGUACCAGAGCAGCGGCAAGUCGAGCGUCACCGUCACCGCGGGCGGGUCCAGCACCGGUACCGGUACCGGCACCGGCACCACCACCUCGACGCCCCCUAGCGGGACGGGCAGCAGCGGCGGCACCUGCUCGGCUCUCUACGGACAAUGCGGCGGCAUCGGGUGGUCCGGUGCAACCUGCUGUUCGUCGGGCACCUGCAAAGCGUCCAACUCGUAUUAUUCGCAAUGUCUCUAA